ACCUAAUGUGUAUUUUAUUAAAGGUUCAAUAAAUGCAAACUCCACUUUUCAAACCAAUUUUUGUUUUUUUGUCCCUGCUUUUAUAAACUGACAAGAUAUCGACCAUUACAUUAUGAGUAAGUGUUAGCAGCCAAGGCUGGGGGUGUUAACCGUACGCUGUACCAGAGGGGAGACUCUCUGUAACUUCCUGUCUCAUCGACAGCCAACCACACGAAAAGGAAACCAGACCCACCGGAAAGCCAUCAGAGUGUAUGUUGAGAAUCUACAAUGUAGACUGAUCGCUGUCACGUCGUCGAGAUACCAUCCUGCAGUUAAAGUGAACGAUCGGGGCUUAAUUGAACCGGGAUUAGUAAGUAAGGUUACUCAUCUUACACAUCUUUAGUAUUUCAUUUCAGUGUUUUUAUUUUGAAAACCAAGGAAUACUACUGUUUUCUUCAACAAUCGGCAUCAGUUUUUGGGGACGAAAAGAGGAUCUUUCUCCAUGUUCGCAGUGACUCCCUCCAGUCCCACCAGUCUCUCAGCGCCAGCUCUGCUCCAGUUCCAGCUCGGCCUCUUUAGGGAGGUGGUUCGAGUGCCUGCUGGCAACCUGAGCUAUGGCCAUGCCAAGAGGCUGGCUGCAGAGAUCAUAGAGCGCAAGGCUCCAGACUGCAGCGUGGUGGGGGUCGGGGAGAAGGUUCUGCUGUUCCGACAUCAGUCGGGCUCAGAGCAGCUGCUGCAUCGCCUGACGGACCUGGACGAGCUGCAGGAUGGAGACCUCAUCGAGGUCGUCAUCGCAGGAUCAGCGUCAGUGACUGAGAUGAGGACCCGUCCACACACCCUGGUGGUCCAAACGUACCGGACUCCCACUUUCUGCCACCACUGUGGAGAAAUGCUGUGGGGCCUCGUUCGACAGGGAUUAAAAUGUGACGGUUGUGGAUUAGACUUCCAUAAACGUUGUGCUUUCCAGUUGCCCAAUGACUGUAGUCGAGCGCGGCGUCAGGUUAGCACCAGCCUCUCCCUGUUCCCUCCCCGACGACCUCGGACGCACUCCCUGUCCAAUCAGGCAGGAGGCAGUCUGGAAGAGAUCAGCAUGUCCAAGCCCUCAUCCAGGCCUCCGUCCUGGGCGGAGCCCCCGGUCUGGCUGGGAAUCGGGUACAGCGACAUGAGCAGGGCUCAGGUCCCUCACACCUUCCACAUCCACAGCUACACCAAACCCACCGUCUGCCAGUACUGCCACCGGCUGCUCAAAGGGCUCUUUAGACAGGGGCUGCAGUGCUCAGACUGCAGGUUUAACUGCCAUCGGCGCUGUGAGCCGCUGGUCCCCAGAGACUGUACAGGCGAAAGGAGUGGCAUCAACGGUAAAGAAUCCUCAGCCGUGAGCCACAGCUGCCCCCCAGACCCAGAGGACGAUGAUUCAGAGCUCACCAGUACGACAACACUAGAAACCUCUGACGACGAGAUGUCCACUGACGGAGACACCAAAGAAGACGAGCAACUGCGAGAGCCGAUGAGUCCGUGUUUCAGCAGCAACAUCCCUCUGAUGAGGCUCGUCCAGUCGGUGCAUCACUCCAAGAGGAGAGCAGGUGGAGUCCUGAGAGAGGGAUGGCUGCUGCAUCACACCAACACUGACACACUGAGGAAACGCCAUUACUGGAUCUUGGACUGGAAGACCAUCACUCUGUACCACAACGAGAGCAGCACCAAGUACUACAAGGAGAUCACUCUGUCUGAGGUGCUGCAGGUCCGAGGCCCCGGCCAGCUCUCGGUGCCCUUGUUGCCAGGCAACAGCGCUCACUCCUUGGAGGUGGUCACGGCCUCGCUGGUGUACUGCGUGAUGGCCGGAGAAGACGGGCCGCCCUGGGAGAGCGCCAUCCGCCAGGCUCUGAUGCCGGUGCAGAGCAGCGGAGGACACGGCGAGGAGAACCAGGAUGAGGAUUUACGCGGAGACAGCGUGGACAUCAGCUCGGUGUAUCAGAUCUUCACAGACGAGGUGCUGGGCUCAGGACAGUUUGGAGUGGUGUACAAAGGUACCCACAGGAAGUCGGGUCGGCCAGUCGCCAUCAAAGUCAUCGACAAGACUCGCUUCCCCACCAAGCAAGAGCGACAGCUGAGGAAUGAAGUGGCCAUCUUGCAGAAUCUGUCCCAUCUCGGUGUGGUUCUGUUGGAGGGGAUGUUUGAGACAUUGGAGUACGUCUUUGUCGUUAUGGAGAAGCUCCAUGGAGACAUGCUGGAGAUAAUUCUGUCCAGUGAGCGAGGCAGACUCCCUGAACGCAACACCCGCUUCCUGGUCAUGCAGAUCCUUGAGGCUCUGCGGUAUCUGCAUUUCAAGCACAUCGCCCACUGUGACCUUAAACCUGAGAACGUACUGCUGGCCUCUGCCGACCCUUUCCCUCAGGUGAAGCUGUGCGACUUCGGCUUCGCCCGCAUCAUCGGCGAGAAGUCUUUCCGUCGCUCCGUCGUGGGCACGCCGGCCUACUUGGCACCCGAGGUGAUCAGCAGCAGCGGCUACAACCGCUCUCUGGACAUGUGGUCCGUGGGCGUCAUCAUGUACGUGAGCCUAAGCGGCACGUUUCCCUUCAACGAGGACGAGGACAUCAGGCAGCAGAUCACCAACGCCACCUUCAUGUACCCACGACAACCAUGGGCCUCCAUCUCACUGGAGGCCAUGAGUCUCAUCAAUAACCUGCUGCAGGUGUCUGUGAGACGCAGGUUCAGUGUGGGCAAAGCUCUGGGACACCCCUGGCUGCAGGACUUCCAGCUGUGGUGUGACCUCAGGGAGUUUGAGCAGAGGAUGGGCUGCAGGUAUUUGACGCACCGGGGGGACGAGGAGCGCUGGAUACGCUACGCCCAGGAGAGAGGCCUGGACUUCCCACCCCACCUCUGCUGGGACCCUGACAACGACUCCAUGUAAGCCCGUCACAGAGGUUAAAGGUCAGUGAGUCUGUACAGUCGAACAGCAGUGAACC